UGUGCGGCUGCGGUCGGUGCGCGGGGCUCGGCGCGCCGCGGGCCCGGUGGGGGUGGCUCCGUUCUAACCCUUUUUCCCGUACAGAUCCCUCGGUAGAUUUCUUCUAGGAGUAAAAAGUCCCAAGUCCAGUUACUGCUGCAGCUACACAGCACUGGUUGGAAUGUUUGCAGCAACAUAAACAAGUUUCUUGGUGUGUGUUUUCAGCACAGCAUGGCUGUGGUCAUCCACUUGCAAGUUGUUCCGAUUGUGGUGGGGACCAUGAACUUCUCUGGACUGACCAUUCCUGAUGGGGGCGUGCAUAUUGUAGGGGGUGAACUGGGGGAAUAAAAUCAGCAGUGUUGAUAUUACAAAAUGACAAAACAUCCUCCGAAUAGAAGAGGGAUCAACUUUGAGGUGGGAGCCCAGUUGGAAGCCCGUGACAGAUUAAAAAACUGGUAUCCAGCGCACAUUGAAGAAAUUGAUUAUGAAGAGGGCAAAGUACUUAUCCAUUUCAAGCGCUGGAACCAUAGAUAUGAUGAAUGGUUUUGUUGGGACAGUCCUUAUUUGCGCCCCCUAGAGAAAAUACAGUUAAGAAAAGAAGGCUUGCAUGAGGAAGAAGGUUGUGCAGGAUUUCAUAUCAAUGAUCGGGUACUGGCAUGCUGGUCUGACUGUCGCUUCUAUCCAGCCAAAGUUACUUCUGUUAACAAAGAUGGUACCUACACUGUGAAAUUUUAUGAUGGUGUAGUUCAGACAGUCAAAAACAUUCAUGUCAAAGCUUUUUCCAAAGAUCAGAAUAUUGGGGGUGAUGCUAAGCCUAAGGAAAGAGGUAAUGAAAUUCCAUCAUCUCCUGAAAACCAGAAGUUUAAAGAGCAGAGGAAAGCAACAGGUAAUGCAAAGAAAGACGAAGAUGAAAAGACAUUAAAGACUGAGAAACGAGUUAAACAACCCGAUAAAGAGGGAAAAUUUGUAGUCAUCUCGGAAAAAGUCAAGAUCUCAGAAAAGAAUAUAUCUAAGAAUGGAAAAGAAGAUAAAGAGAAUAUAUCAGAGAAUGAUAUGGAAUAUUCAGUAGAUACACAAGUUGAGAAGAAGCCUGAGAAUGACAAGGUAAAGAGUCCACAGGAAAAUGUGAAAGAAACUAAGCGAAAGCGUGGCAGACCACCAAUAACACCUCCCACGGAGCCAAGUUCUCAGACACUGCAGCCCAUAACUUUGGAGUUAAGACGUCGGAAAAUACCUAAAGGAUGUGAUGUUCCAUUGAAGCGUCCCAGGAUUGAAAAAACAUUGUCUCAGGAAAAACUUAAGAGCUCUUCAGAUAAUGCUGAGAGAGACCAGAUCAGGAGGCGAUCUUCAAGACUCUCAUCCAGUAUUAGCCAUGAGAUUUUAAAUACAGAUGUUGUCCCAACUUCCAUGGAAAUUCAGACUUUGAAAGAUGCAGUACCUAACCAAAAUGAAUCUGAGAAGGUCCAGUUAGAAAUUCCUGUUGAAUCUGACCAAAGUUUUGGUGAACAAGGAUCACCUGGAAACGUAUUGCAUAGCACAGCACUCAGUACAGAUGCCAGUUUGGAGGAAGAAAAAGCUGAAGACACUGAGUCUUCCUCUGUUCCUGUCAGAACUCAAGAACCUUCUGCUGCUACAGGUUCAGUAACAAAACCUUGUAGGAGAACAGAUUUUCUUGCAUCAAAAAAAGCUGCAACUGUUGACCAAGAUCACAAGUUUAGAUGCAAGUUCUUGGACUGUUCAAAAUCCUUCCGCAAAGCCAAGUUAUUGCAUUAUCACAUGAAAUACUUUCAUGGAGUGGAGAAGGCUGCAGAACAGCAGAACACUGUAAAAAGAAAUAUUCAAACCAGAGCUUCUUUGGCUUCUGAAAAAGCUAAUCAAGAAAGGUCAAAAAGAGGACGGACCACAGCUGGUUCACUGUAUGCUCCUCUACACAUAACCCUCAGGAGUACCCCAUAUAGAGAUGAAAAAGUAGAAAAGAGAAGAACUUCAACUCCUGUAAGUGCACUAAAUAGUCACCGACAUUCUGUUAGAGACCAAACCAGGAACCACAUAGCAAGAGCACUGCGGAGACCUCGGGAAAGAGAAAGAGUUCAACAUGUUGUUAAAGGACAUGAGAAGAACAAAGAAAAAAAAUCCAAAGACUAUGAAAGAUCCAAGUCAAAGAAAAAGAAAAAAAAGAAAAAGAGAUCUAAGCCUGGGUAUUCGGGCACUGGGGAGAACACAGAUAUCUCACAAGAGCUUUCACCUGAAAAAUCAGUUAUCACAAAAUCUAAUUCUUCAAGUAAAUCAUUUGCUCACCCAAGCACCUUGCUUCACUGCACUGAUUCUGGACAGCAUAAGGGAAGAUCAAAAGCAAAUGGAUUUUAUGUAAAUACUUCUUGUACAGAGGAUGACACCCUGAGUGAGUCAUCUAUGGAUAGCUUGCCUUGGAGUGAUGAUGACUGCAGUCAGGAUGUUGAUGUAACCACCAACCCUGAUGAAGAAGUUGAAGAGAGUGAUUUUGAGAUUGUUCGGUGUGUUUGCGAAGUAAGAGAAGAAAAUGACUUCAUGAUUCAGUGUGAAGAGUGUCUGUGCUGGCAGCAUGGAGUCUGUAUGGGCUUACUGGAAGAUAAUAUACCUGAGAAAUAUACCUGCUAUAUUUGCCAAGAUCCUCCAGGUCAGAGGUCCAGCUUAAAGUACUGGUAUGAAAAGGAGUGGUUAAGUAAUGGUCACAUGCAUGGCUUAGCGUUUUUGGAAGAAAAUUACUCCCACCAGAAUGCCAAGAAGAUAGUGGCCACUCACCAGCUGCUUGGUGAUGUACAGCGAGUGAUCGAAGUCCUGCACGGGCUGCAGCUGAAGAUGAGCAUAUUACAAAAUAAAGAACACCCUGACUUAAAGCUUUGGUGUCAUCCAUGGAAGCACAUCACGGUGGAUGAAAAAAUCCAUACAAAACACAUCAUUCACUUUGAGGAAAAUUGCAAAGAGGAGACAGCAAGUUAUAGAACUUGGAAUGGGACAGUUGAGAAACCCUCAACAAUUCCUUCUGUGGAGGAAUCUUACAUUACGAGUGAACACUGUUACCAGAAGCCUCGGGCCUACUACCCUGCCAUAGAGCAGAGGCUGGUUGUGGAAACCAGAAGUUCAGCCAUUGAUGAUGGAGUAAACAGAAUAAGGGAAAAUAGGGAUGAUACCUUCUCAGAGAGGUUUGGCUGGAAUCUGGACCAAGAAAUAUGCAAGAUGGAAAAUGAAUCUAAACACAAUUACUCUAAGGUGAGAGAGUCUGUCUCUAAGAAAGUCUCUCCAGAGGAAGCUAUUGAAAUUAAAUUGCUGGAAAAAGACAAAGAAGGAGUAGUGAACUCACAGCUGCAGUGGCAGCUCAAUCUUUUAGCUCACGUGGAAUCUUUGCAAGAUGAAGUCAUACACAGAAUGGAUUUCAUUGAGAAGGAGCUAGAUGUUCUGGAGAGUUGGCUGGAUUACACAGGAGAGCUGCAACCCCCAGAACCACUGGCUCGACUGCCCCAGCUCAAACACUGCAUAAAGCAGCUGAUAACAGACUUGGGCAAAGUGCAGCAGAUCGCGCUGUGCUGCUCCACGUGAGCCUGGAGAGCUCUGGCUGGGACUGCCUGCAGAGCUGCAGUAUCUGAUGGGAGCACAUCUGAAUCUGUAAAUUAAACUAGCAUGAUGCUUGCAUGGGAUGCAGAUUGACUUCAGGGACUUGUCAAGAAGUGUUGUUCAAAGAAGAGCAAAAAGAUUUUUUCAGGUCUAUUAGACAAUUAUAAUGCUGUGGAAAAGGUCAUACUCUUGUCUCCUGUUGCCUGUUGGUUGAUAAGUUAGACUAAAAUUUUCACUCCCUACAAGUUGUUCAUCAAAAUGGUAGACUUCUUCAUCAUUGAAUUGACUAAAAAUUGUGCCACUGAAAAACAGAGUUCUAAGAGCCAAAAAAGUUUGGUUGACAGCGGUUGUAAAUAACUUUGUGUAGUUUAAGUGACUCAUGUCAUGUUUUAUUUCUUCUGGUUUAUGCAUACUAGCACUCAGUAUUUAAUCAUUAGGAGAUGUUAUAACAGUUUCAGACUUAGUAAGUGUGAAUGUCCAGCUCUUGACUAUAAGUGUUAUGUGGAGGUUUUCAAGUAACAGUGGCCUGACCCACACCUCUGUUACAGUAAAUAAUGUAGCAGGAGGUCACAGGUGGAUUGCACUUGUUUUCCAUAUUUAUCCUCACUGUCACAUGACCUGGUACUGCCCAUGAAGGUGGUGUUUGUGUGUAUUCUUGAGCUCUUCAAUCUGGCCAUCCUGUGCCUCCUGCAGCACUUGCUGGGGGAUCCCCUCGUUGCAGUAGUGUGGAAUGCAGCCAGGAAAGGACUGGAGCCAUGCUCUGAGUUCAGACCCAGCAUGGUCUGUCAUGGAUGUGAUAUAUUUUCUACCCAUUUGUUAAUAAUUGCCAUUCCGGUUAUAUUUGGAAAUCUAGAUUUUUUUUUUCAAUACUAUGGAUGUGUUCAUUGUAAAGACUUGCUAUGAAUGUGUGGUUUUGGGAAUCAGUUUUUGUGUAAAUAAAGCCUCGAGAUCUAUGCAUGAGGUGCUGUCCUUGCAGACAGUGAAUGGGUUAUUAUCUUAAAUACUCUGUGUUCACAAAGUCCCUUUUUAUACCUUAAGUUUUAAUUUUCAGUUUGUAUUUACUUUGUGAUGUAGGUGACAAGGCUACUGAUGUUCAGUCAAGUUACACAGAACCUUUGGAACGUUGUGAGCAUUUGAGAGGUUCAGAGUCUUUCAGCUGCAGAUCACCACUCCUGAAAUAAUGGCUGUAACUUCAGUUUUCCUUCACACACAUUGCUGAGUUCAGUUCCCCAUGGAACACAGUGAGCUGGUUUUGCAGUGAGAGGGUGUCUUUAAAAAGCUGGAUUUCUGCCCUUAUUUUAUUGCUUGCAGUGGUACUACCAAAGGGUAACAUUCAAACCGAGUUGUAAUGGAAAGGCCCAUACCUGUACAAAUUACUAAUUUGGAAUAUAUAUCUGUAAUCUUUUUAUUCUGCAAAGAAUAAUGAAAACUUGAAAUAUCCAGUAUUAUUGUAGGAGCUACAGUCUCUACAUGGUGAAUAUUUUAUUUCCUUCAGAAAACAAAAUAAUUAGGCUGCUCUAGGUAGUAACUAAGACUUUUAUGCCAAGAUUCAGUUCAGGCAAUAAUUUGUCUCACAGUUUUAUAGUACUGUGUCGGUAUAUAGUGAAUACAACGUACAUACAGCAGAAAAACAAACUUUCUUUUCUGUAACACAAUUGGAAUAAAGCGUACAUUGUAUUUUAAGGAUCACUUGGCUCUCUGAAGAUGAGACCAGUGCUUAUACCUUGGCUCAUUCCUGUCAGGUACUUGAGCUCAUGUAGCUCAGAGCAGUAUCAGAGGGGCCUCGCAGGCAGCUGGUGAUUUUCAGGUGAAAGAGGCCACAAAAGGCGUUCCCUGGUUACAGUCGGGAGAGCAGGACACGCUGUGUGGGAACAGCUUGGUUGUGCUCCCAGUCUGAGGGCAUUCAAGCACUCAGUCCCUGAGCUGGCUUCUUGCUCCAAAGGGGGAUUUCUUCUCAAGCAAUGGCUUUUGUGUGCUCAUUGUGUAUUUUCACUUGUCAGUUUAUUUUUGCUCAGGACAGUAUUGGAGGUUUGGAAGAAAAAGCAUUUCCCAUGGGUAGAUCAAGUUGCAGACCCUGGAGACUUGCAUCCCUUCAGUAGUGCUGGGGAAGCCCUUGCAGAUAAAGACUGAAAAUAUUUAUUUAAAAUAGAGUAGUACUUCUCAUAUUCAGGGAAGAUUCUUCAUUGUGCUCUGCCUGGAUUCAUUUCUGUCCCUUUUUUUGCAAGUUUCCUCAUUGUUAUUUUUAGUCUGGACCAGCUGUUCAGACUGACAGGUCACUUUUUUGUUUCUUUAAAUCACUGGUAAGUGAAUGCAGCGUGGAGCCUUGAUGAACUGAGCAAACAUUGCACUGUGGGUACACAUGUGUUUGUUGAUGCACUAUUAGAACCAAGGGGCUGUACAUAGAAUUUUGUUUUGGAGCAAUAUUUGCAAAACUUGAAAAUUUCUGUAUCUUGGUGUUUGGAAUAAAUAAAAAAAUAGGUUUUUGUUGUUUAAA